AAUACAAGAUGGAUAAGGAUAGAAGAGCACCCAAAAUCCAUCUAUGUUAUCUCAAAUCAGCUACCUUUGCCAAAAUAAAUUAUAAUGGCGAUGACUUCAGUUCCUUUGAAAUUUGAUGGGCGUUCAGUCCACUUAAGCACGCUGCACAGGCCUGCAUUCAAACAUUCCCGUUCACAAUUGCGUGUUCAAUGUUCAGAUAUGGUCAAAGAAGAUAAUUCCAUUUAUGUGAAAACCUCUCCAAUAGGGGGAUUCAAAGGCAUUGCUUGUGGCCUUUGUGCUGUGUGGGCAGUAGCAGCUGCCUCCCCUACAUUUGCUAAUCCAUCAAAUCCAAGGUUGCCACCAUUGUCAAAUGAUCCAACUAGAUGUGAAAAGGCAUUUGUAGGAAAUACUAUUGGUCAGGCAAAUGGUGUCUAUGACAAGCCCAUUGACCUUCGCUUUUGUGACUUCACAAACGAAAAAACUAAUUUGAGGGGCAAAUCACUAGCAGCUGCACUUAUGUCAGAUGCCAAGUUUGAUGGUGCUAAUAUGUCUGAGGUCAUAAUGUCAAAAGCUUAUGCUGUAGGAGCUAGCUUCAAAGGUGUUGACUUCACAAAUGCAGUUAUUGAUAGAGUAAAUUUUGGAAAGGCCAAUAUGCAAGGUGCGGUGUUUAGGAAUACUGUGUUGUCUGGUUCUACAUUUAAUGAUGCUAAUUUGGAGGGUGCAAAUUUUGAAGAUACCAUCAUAGGCUACAUAGAUCUGCAAAAGCUUUGCAGAAAUCAAACUCUUUCUGAUCAAGGCAGAGAUGAAUUGGGAUGUCGAUGAUAGGCACAAUACAAUAACCCUUGAAUUGAAUGAUUUGAAUUUUCUUUUAUUGUUUUCGCCUUUCCUCUUUUGAACUUUCAAAUGGUUUCUUCAAUAUAUCUUGUCUUUCUAAAACAUGUGGUUGCUCUUGUUGAAGCACCAAAAAUUCUUUAUUUAGUUGCCCUAAUGUCAAAUUUGCAUGAUAAAUACUUCCAUAUUUUGUUUGUUGAGACGAAUCAUGAAAAGAGAACAAAAAUAAAGACUUAGUCUUCAUUGGUCUA